AUGGGUCGCGAAUUACAGAAGCGCAAGCGGCGCUCGUCGCGGGCAAAAGUCACCAUGCCCAACCGGCGCAAGAAGGCGCUGAACCCGCUGGGCAACGGCAUAAUCGCCAAGAACUGGAACAAGAAAGAGACUCUCUCCCAGAACUAUACCCGCUUUGGCCUGGUCGCCAAGCUCGGCAAGACAACAGGCGGCACGGCGCCAUCCAACAAGUCGACCAUCCCGACGAACGGCUCCGACCCGCUCGCCGUCCACUCUGCCGACCAAGGCCUCCUGCAGGUCCGCGAGGUAAAAGUCGAGCGCGACGCCUCGGGCCGCAUCACUCGCGUCCUGCGCGACACGAACCCGCUCAACGACCCGCUGAACGACCUAGACUCGGACUCGGAGGCACAGCAACAGCAGAAGGCAGAGCAGGAAAAACAGCGGCGGUACGAGGAGUGGGCCGGCUUUCACGGGGAAGAGGAAAGCAAGGACGGCGACAGGCCCGAGGUGCUGCGGGCGCUGGAGCGCGAGGCGAGUCGGCCGACCGAGAAGACGGUGCGGCACCAGAGCGAGCGCGAGGUUGAGUGGCUGCGGCAAUUGGUGGAGAGACACGGGGACGACACGGCGGCUAUGGCGAGGGAUAUGAAGCUCAAUCCGAUGCAGCAGACCGCGGCCGAUAUCAGGAAGCGGCUGAAGAAAGCUGGGCUGUUGGCUACGUGA